ACAGUCCUUGACAUAUAAUCAUUACGAAACAUCCGCUCCGGGAGUGUAGUUGUUUGUAGUGAGCACAGAUGUGUCCAUUAUAUCGAGCUAUCUAAAGAUCAAUUAAUUUGUAAAAACGUUUCACGUGACUUAACUUGUACUGACAAUAGUAUUCAAUGGAUUUGUUCGAUGUAUUACUCCAAGCGGGCGUAUUUACUAGCGCUGUGGUGUUUUACUUGAUGUUCUUAAGGAAGCCGGCGAAAACGAAAGGACAUUAUAGAGAACCGGGAUGGAAUUAUCUUCUGAAAUUAAUCUUGGCUCGUUUUACUGUAAAACGUUGGAAGACUAAAUUGCCUUCACGAAAACUCAGCGAAGCACCUCUCAAGGACCAGAAGCAAGGCUACGAUGAUAUAACUCUGCGAGCUACAGCUUCCGACGGGUCGUCUGUUCUGUUGAGGAUACGGCAUUUGUGUGGUCGAAAAAAUUUUGCCGAAGUUGUAUUGUAUCUUCGACUACAAGAUGGCGCCAAAUAUAAAUUGCCACAACAUCCUGAAACAGCCACGGCUGAAUGGAUACACACUAAAAACGGAUGGAGCGCCGGCGGAUUAAAGAUACAUAUAUUAGAAGAACAGGCAAACCUGAGGGUUCUCUACAACGGGUUACUGACACGAGUCAACGACGGGGUCACCCAACAUGUCAAGCUAAAUGUAAUAUGGGCGUCAGCAGCCCGAGUGGAGCGUCACCCAGAGGACUGGAGUGUUGAGCUCGCCGCGGAAACUUUGGCUCUGGAACCUUGGCGGGAUAGCAGUUGGCCGCAGAUGCUGAACAAAUGCGACGAAGGCGCUGGUAGUUGGAUGCAAUGGGGGACACUGCAAGGGCGCUUUCAGUCGUUUGACGCCAACGGUGCCGCAGACAAAAGCGAAUACCUCCGUGUACGCGGCACGAAGGAGCGCAGCUGGUCUCUUGGUGGCGCAGAGCUGAGGCGCGCGGUCAAUAUCACAGCUACGACGAGCGAUGGGACUGCGGUUCAAAUCCGUGGCUUGUCGUAUUAUAAGAACUUUACUCAGUGCAUUUCAGGAUGUGUGAGAUAUCCCAAUUUCAUGUUGAAAAGUAUAACGUCCACAGAUUUAGUUUUGUCGGAUUUCUGCGAGAGUGCCGAUCGAGUACCGGACACUUACACCAUAAAUGUUAGCACAUCUGACAGUCGUACUUUCAAGUUGAUACUUCGGAUUAACAAAGAUGAUUGGCGAACGUUCAGUGGCGUUCCACAUAACCAAGAACAAGUGUACCGGAACUUUGCUGUCGAAAUUAGCGGCGAACAUGGCACUGGACUCCUUGAGCUUGGAUAUGACAUAUUAGAUACCAAAUCAGCGAUACCAGAUGUCAUUCCAAUGCCCACAUUAAAGUGGCUCGAUAAGCAAGAUUCAGGCGACGUGGAUUACUGUCUGCCUUUUGAGUCGAGGGCCGCUGCCUGCACUGACUACGUCGGAGGGAAGGGUGCCUCAUUAGCUCUUCUGGCUUCUGUCCAACAUAAAGAGGGUUACUGUGUCCCGCCCGGAUUUUGCGUGACUAGUAAAGCUCUAAACAAACAACUGGAACGAAAUGCCAAGCUGACAGAUGCUAUUUCUGAAAUCGAGAGAGCAAAUGAGGAUUACACAGAAAGCAUUUUUAAGGAAAAGUGUGAAAUAACAGUCAACUUAUUUAUAACAACUGAUAUAGUUGAAGACGUGAAAGACGAAAUAUUAGUACAUUUGAAUGAUCUAAGGAAAAGAGCGACGGACAAAAUGUAUGGAACACAGUUACGAUUUGCUGUAAGAUCCUCAGCUAUCGGAGAAGAUAGCGAAGCGUUGUCGGCGGCGGGACAGAAUGAAACUGUAUUGGGCUGUGUCAGUGACGAUGACGUCAUACGCGCCGUUCAGAGGUGCUGGGCGUCCAUGUUUGCAUUCACGAGCGCUUAUUAUCGCAGGCAGAACGGUCAGCCGUGUAUGUGCGGCGGCGGCGUGGUGGUGCAGGCGCUGGUGGCGCCGCGCGCAGCCGGCGUCCUGUUCACCCGCCACCCGCUGCACGGCGACCCUGCCAGGAUCCUCAUCACUGCCAACUACGGCUUGGGGGAGAGCGUGGUAUCCGGAUCAGUAGAACCGGACACGAUAAUCGUGAGACGUGGAUUGGAUAACACACUAUCGAUGGACAAAAUCCUACUGGGCUUGAAAUCUCACCGAGUGACCACAACUAGUGAUGGUAUUGGUUCGGAAAGUGUACCAGAGACUGAUCGGAUCAAAGCUUGUCUGUCGGAAGCGGAGAUAUUGAGGCUGGCACAGAUCGCUGUAUCGCAAGAGACACUUUGGGGUGCGGGUAGAGAUAUAGAAUGGGCAAUCAAUGACGACAAUAUAUUUCUACUCCAAGCACGACCAAUCACGUCUCUGGAUAGAUGGACAGAAGAGGAGUUAUUGCAUGAAUUGGACUUUCCGAUAAUGUCGGACGACGAGCUUAUCACCUUCGCGAACACCGGAGAGGUCCUCCCCAAGCCCAUCACUCCUCUGACUCACGACAUGGUGUACCGCCCUCUGGAAAGAGGCCUUGCCACCUUGAUGUUAGCAAACGGUGAUGGUUAUGAUAAAAAUGUUGUUAUCACUCAUCAUCGUUGCGCUAUUUCAUCAUACAAUUCGAUGUAUCGACGUAUAACUAAAGAGAUCGACAUUAGCAUACGCAUGUUGGAAAUGUCUGUCCACGGGCACAAGGUGGCGGACGACGCUAUACACCAAACAGCACUAAACAGAAGGCCGCCUCUGGUUACGGACAAGUUGUUUGCUAUUUUGGAUAUGAUAAAGUUCAUGAUAUUUUCAAAAUGGGCGAUGAAUGAUACCAUCAAGCGGGUAAAUAAAAUGAACCUGAACAGUACCGAUACAGACGAUCCACUGGAGUUGUUCAAUAGUAUAGCAGUUGCAGAACAAGAUAUGAAGAGGUUCACGGGCAACCAUGGCACAACGAGUGCAGCCAGCACCUUCACUCAGCUUAUAGCAAUGACUGUGUUGCUGGAAGAUAGAACACAAGGACUAGAUUUUUCACCUGAGGCGUGUUAUGACAUUGGGAGAUUGUUCAGUUCAGGAGACGUACUGUCUGCGGACGUGCCUCACGCAUUGGCCAAACUUGCAUGCAAAUUGGAAGAUUCCGGGAAAAUAGAGGAAUUCCAAAAACAGGAUCCAUAUACCGCCAUGACGUGGCUCAAAAACAAUUUGCAGAAUGUAUACGACGAUGUUUGCAAAUUUUUGGACCAGCAUGGGCAUAGAGCUAUUAUGGAAUUUGAUCUCGCAACGAAACCGUGGGUAUUAGUACCGGAAGAGUUGAUGAAAGUACUUCAGCACAUAAAACCAACCAGAGAAGAGCACCAACACAAAACUCUUCAUGAAAUCAUUGCUUCUCUGAAAACACCUAAAAAAUCGAACACAAGAAAAGUCCUACGAUGGAUACUUCCUCUGUGUCAUCGAGCGGUUCGUCAUCGCGAGGGUACCAAAGCGCACGUGAUCCUCGCUGUGCACAAAAUACGCCUCGCAGCUCUGAACCUCGGUCGAGUGCUGGUUCGGAACUGGUUCUUACCGCAUCCUGACUUGGUGUUUUACUUCCGAGUCAACGAACUUAGGGAUUACAUCACCACCAGAGAUCCAGCCUUGUUGAAAAAAGCAUUCCAACGCCAACAGUAUUACACAGGGUGGUGUAGGCUGAAGUUCUCCGAAGUCAUCAAAGGUUGGCCGCAACCACUCGCUACAGAGAAACCACACGUCACUGCCGGUGAAGUGAGAUUACAAGCGACAUCUGUAUGUGGCGGAGAGGUCAUCGCGAGGGCCUGCGUUGUUAAAGACUUAUCAGAGAUAAGCCACUUGCAGCAGGGAGAUGUACUGAUAACGCAUUCGACGGACAUCGGUUGGUCGCCUUACUUCCCGCUGCUAUCCGGCAUAGUUACGGAACUAGGAGGGCUCAUAUCACACGGCGCAGUGAUAGCGCGAGAGUAUGGUCUGCCGUGCAUCGUGGGCGCGACGCACGCCACGGAUCUGUUCACCACGGGCGACUCCGUGCGACUGUCCGGAGUAGAGGGGCUGGUGGAGACUGUCAGGGUUAGUGUGGAAGAGCUAACUGAUUCCAAAUAGUAGCUGAUAGAUAAAGACAAAGAAAUUGCUCAUAACUAUUGAUAUUUUUAAUAAAUAAUGAAAAUAUAUUCUUUUAAUAUA